CUUGUAUUUAUUAGUAUCGUUUUAUCCCUAAUCAAGGCUUCAGAAAUGCGGUUAAAGCUAGUAAAUUUCGUAUUUACUGUAUUUUUAUUAACGCUGAUCUAUGUUGUUUUUCAUCGUUGCCCUUUUAGUGUACAUAAAGAUUUAUUGAAUAAUUCUCACUUUAAUGAAAGAUCAUUUCCAGUUUUUAACAUUGCACUGGUUGUAUGUGGUCAGAGAUUGCAAGAGUCUCUUACCAUGCUCAAAUCGGUUCUCCUUUUUAGCCAGUUUAGUAGCGGUAAUUUACAUUUCUGGAUUUUCGCCGAGAGUUUGCUAAUGGGUGAACUGAAAGAUCGAUUAAAUAAUUGGCGAAAUUUUGUACACUUUGGUUUCGAGGUAAUGCCGUUGACUUUUCCCAGCCACAACCAAAAGGAAUGGCGAACUCUAUUUAAGCCUUGCUCGUCUCAGCGGUUAUUUUUGCCGAUUUAAUAAAGCUGGAUUGCCCCUGAAGAUGCUAAAAAUGUUUUAGCGAAACGUUGGGCCAGAAAGUGGAAUAAUGUAGUUUUAUUCGCAUUAAAAACAUAGAUCAGACUAGCCUGGUAACAUAAUAUUUAAUAUAAGUCAGUUAAUUUGGUAUUCAAACCUCUAACGUUUUGGAUAGCAAAUACUUAAAGUUGACGUGCGAGUUAGUUUUUUGAAUCAGAAUUAAUACUAGAGAUUUUAGCUAAGUUGUUAUUACUUUUAUUAGGUUUAUACUCAAACUCGCGACAAUGAAUUGAUUUGAAUGAAUGAGUCGCCAAAAUGAAUUAUUUAGUAGUGAAUUAAAAUCUUCGGCAGCUACAUCAAUUUUAAAAGA